GCUUCCGGCUUCCCAGCCCCGGCCGGUUCUUUGGGUUCCCUUAGGCGCGCAAAACUGGUCCUUCCCUCCCCCCUCCCAUCCCCCCCACGGGUGUGAGAGCCUCGCCCGCCACCCUGGCCCAGCCUUUGGUCGUUGUCACCUGGGGCGCGGAAGGGAACGACCAGCCCUCGGACUGGGACUGGGUCCCACACUUGAUUGCAGUCCUCUGCGCGGGAAGCCUCAGUGUUCUCCUUGGUGAAAUGGGGUCAGGAAUUGACGCGGCCUCGGAGGGUGUUGGUGAAUUCAGGGAGGGAGUUAGUACAUGGACAGGAGCGUGAAAUGCCAACAGGUAACGUCCUAUGAGACCGACCCAGCAACUUCGUGGAUGUGUCGCCAAAUGUCCACAGUGGUCUUCCAGAGUUGUCCUUACUCACAGGAGCAGAAAUCGAGGUGAGUCCUGAUUCUAGAGAUAGCUGCUGUUGACCCUGUAACCCUAAGGACGAAAUAGCUGGCCAAACUCAUUCUUGGUACAGGUGUACACCAUGUCCUUGAAGAUUCAGACCAGCAAUGUAACCAAUAAGAAUGACCCCAAGUCCAUCAACUCUCGGGUCUUCAUUGGGAACCUAAACACAGCUGUGGUAAAGAAGUCAGAUGUGGAAACCAUCUUUUCCAAAUAUGGCCGUGUGGCCGGCUGUUCUGUGCACAAAGGCUAUGCCUUUGUCCAGUAUGCCAAUGAGCGCCAUGCCCGGGCAGCUGUGCUGGGAGAGAAUGGACGGGUGCUGGCUGGACAGACUCUGGAUAUCAACAUGGCUGGAGAGCCCAAGCCCAACAGACCCAAGGGGCUAAAGAGAGCAGCAACUGCCAUAUACAGUGGCUACAGCUUUGACUAUGAUUACUAUCAAGACUACUGCUAUGCCAGGCUGUUUGAUUAUCGAGGCCGCCUCUCUCCAGUGCCUGUGCCCAGGGCAGUCCCCGUGAAGCGACCCCGUGUCACGGUCCCUUUGGUUCGCCGUGUCAAAACUACAAUACCUGUCAAGCUCUUUGCCCGUUCCACAGCCAUCACUACUGGCUCAGCCAAGAUCAAGUUAAAGAGCAGCGAGCUACAGACCAUCAAAACGGAGCUGACACAGAUCAAGUCCAACAUCGAUGCCCUGUUGGGUCGCUUGGAACAGAUUGCUGAGGAACAAAAGGCCAACCCAGAUGGCAAGAAGAAGGGUGACAGCAGCAGUGGCGGAGCAGGUGGCAGCGGUGGCGGAGGCACCAGUGGCAGUGCUGGUGGUAGUGGCGGCAACGGUGGCGGCGGUGGCGGCAGCAGCAGCAGCAGCAGCCGGCCCCCGGCCCCCCACGAAGACACGGCCUCUGAGGCAGGCACACCCCAAGGAGAAGUCCAAACUCGAGAUGAUGGCGAUGAGGAGGGACUGCUGACACAUAGUGAGGAGGAGCUGGAGCACAGCCAGGACACAGAUGCAGAAGAUGGGGCCUUGCAGUAAGCAGGAGAAAUGGCUACCAGCAGAAGGGCAUCACUGUCUCAGGCCUCAAGCCAGGCACUCGUUUCUGGAUGCCAAUUUGUAGCGGGUACCAGAGGAAAACUGGCAGCAGGCACUCCUCUCCCCAUGCAUCCCAGCCAGUGAGUGCUACAUCCUUUGCAAGUGGAGUUACUGGCCUACCCUUACCCCAUGCACUCUUCCUGUCUGCACUGCCUGGGCCAAAGGGCAGAACACAUUCUGCCCUUCUUCCCCAGGGCAUUCCUAGGCUUGGGGUUUUUCUAUAGGUUUGAAAGUAGGGGGGUGGGAUGGGUGGGGGGAACCUGACAAUAAAGAGAUUGGAUCCAAAUAUA